CCAGCGGCUCGAGCAUGCGCUGAGAGUUUGUGCAGCUGGCCCUGGCUGCCGCCGCUGCCUCGUCCGGACUCGGAGAGGACUUGGGAGGGACAGCGGCGCUGGGAGGUGGCUUAGCAGAGACUUUCCAGCAACUGCUGCCCAGGACUUUUUUUUUUUUUUUCUUUUUCCCAGGAGGCGGCGACGGCGGCGGUGGGGGGAGAGGAAGAGAAAAGCGCCUCCAGCUGAAGCCAAUGCAGCCCUCCGGCUCUCCGCGAAGAAGGUCCCUGCCCCGAUGAGCCCCAGCCGUGCGUCCCCGACUGUCCCCAGGCGGGCGUGGGGCACAGGGCCCAGCGCCGACGAUCGCUGCCGUUUUGCCCUUGGGAGUAGGAUGUGGUGAAAGGAUGGGGCUUCUCCCUUACGGGGCUCACGAUGGCCAGAGAAGAUUCCGUGAAGUGUCUGCGCUGCCUGCUCUACGCCCUCAAUCUGCUCUUUUGGUUAAUGUCCAUCAGUGUGUUGGCAGUUUCUGCUUGGAUGAGGGACUACCUAAAUAAUGUUCUCACUUUAACUGCAGAAACGAGGGUAGAGGAAGCAGUCAUUUUGACUUACUUUCCUGUGGUUCAUCCGGUCAUGAUUGCUGUUUGCUGUUUCCUUAUCAUUGUGGGGAUGUUAGGAUAUUGUGGAACGGUGAAAAGAAAUCUGUUGCUUCUUGCAUGGUACUUUGGAAGUUUGCUUGUCAUUUUCUGUGUAGAACUGGCUUGUGGCGUUUGGACAUAUGAACAGGAACUUAUGGUUCCAGUACAAUGGUCAGAUAUGGUCACUUUGAAAGCCAGGAUGACAAAUUAUGGAUUACCUAGAUAUCGGUGGCUUACUCAUGCUUGGAAUUUUUUUCAGAGAGAGUUUAAGUGCUGUGGAGUGGUAUAUUUCACCGACUGGUUGGAAAUGACAGAGAUGGACUGGCCCCCAGAUUCCUGCUGUGUUAGAGAAUUCCCAGGAUGUUCCAAACAGGCCCACCAGGAAGAUCUCAGUGACCUUUAUCAAGAGGCUGUACAGGAAAGGCAAAUGAUAAUGGCAUCUGCCCCUGGGAAGGCCUCAAGGAGCUUUGACGCAUGGCAAAAAGCAAAGCGGCAGCAGGCACAUCACAUGGCCAAAGCAGGAACAGGAGAGAGAGAUGGGGGGUGGUGCUACACACUUUUAAAGAAACAGAUCUUGGGAGAACUCCGUUAUUACCAAGAGGAUGGCCGUUCAUGAGGAAACUACCCCCAAGAUCUAAACACCUCCCACCAGGCCCUACUUCCAACACUGUGGAUUACAUUUCAACAUGAGAUUUGGGUGGGGACAAAUCUGCUAAUUAUAUCAACGCCUGUCUGCUGCAAGUUUCUACAUGCCUAAAGAGUCAGCAAAGAAAUAUUUAAUUGCAUGUACUAUAGAGAAAUUUGUGCUUUUACUUAUAUAAUUAUACUCUGUGUCUUUUAAAAUUGAAUUUAUUAAAGGAUAUAGGGCAGCAUACAACAAAAAUACAGUAAAUUAAUAAUAAAAUAUAAACAGAAUUGGAAAGUCAAGGUUAAAGGAAAGAGUAAGCAGAGGUGCUUAACAUGAAGACAGACAGUUACUGUGGUUGAGUGUCCUUUUUGCCUCUCAGCUUUCUGACAGCCCAGGUGAAAAGGAGGUACAAUCAUCACCAUAAUUCUAAUGUUAGGAGAGCAAACAUUCUCUCUUUUUGAAGUAAUUCAACCUCAAAGGGAGCAAAAUUCUAAAUAUUUUAUCAAGUGGGAUUUUAUAUCUACUACUUUAUCGAGAAAAAAUAUCUUCAAUACCAUUUUUCACAAAUUUUACAGAGCAGUUUCUUAUGGUGUUUUCCAAUACAUAUCAUUAAGUACACCUUGGUGGAAAAUAAUAUGCAAGGGCAUAAGUUAAUAUAUUGCAAGUUGGCACAUUUUGGUGACCUGGUUUGAUGGAUGGACAUAAAGUACUGAGAUGUCAACUGAUUUCAUUUCUUUUAGAUAAUCUGUAGUUGACACCUCUUUUGGAGAGACUCUUGAUAGAGAAGCAUAAAAUAUAGUUUAAUGAAUUCUGAUGACAAAUUUAAGGACUGACGUUCUGCCUUGUUUGAGGAGUUACCUGUAUGCUUUUUAAACAAAAUGAGGAAAUGAUCACCUGAUAUUUUGCUAUAUAAAUGGAGGAGUCUAACUAGGUAGGACCUUUGCUUGGAACAAAGCAUACUUGCCUACCUGAGUGUGAACAUAAUCUUAAGGGACCAGUGAUCUGGAAGGACACCAAGUCCCAACUAUGUGACGUGUCAAUACAAUUGCAUGUCUACAUUUCUGGGCAACCAAAAAAGCUGUUUUGUCAUUGGAAUCCAAAGUCAUUUUCAAUAACCUUGAUUGUCUUAAUAUUUCAUUGCAUUUUAUAGUUUUUUAAGUUACAAAUCAAUGUCAUUUUCAAAGAAACAUCGACAGAAUCAACACAGUCUAGAAAAGGAUCAACAGAAUGAUUAAGUGUACGUAUUUGGAAAACUUGAAAACUAGGACUAUUUAGCCUGGAGAGGAGAAUAAUUAAAGAGAAAGGGAUAAUUGAUUCUUCAGCUAUGACUGUCUCCCUUAUGGAAAAGGGAAGGGUUAAGAGCAGACUAAGAACCAGUGCAUCCUUACAAAGAAGGCAGUUUCCAACAAGGGAGUGCUUGUUAAAAAUUAGUGUUAUUCCGGUGUGGACAGGGCUGUCUAGUGAGUCGGGGAGUCCCUCUCAUUAGAACUGCAAUUUCAUUCAUUGUUUUUUUAUUCCCCUGUGAGUCAUACUUUCUUGUUUCUUUGCAUGUCUUAUAACUGUUUUUCUUUAAGAGAACAGGACAUUUUAAAUAAUAUAAUGUGACAGCUCUGAAAAUCAGAUUUUUCCACCUCUCCAGCAUUUGCUGUGUUUAUUUAUUGGUUCAAUGGCAUUUUCUAAACUAAUUCUGUAAAGGCUGUAUUCUUUGUCACAUGUGGUCAUUGAAGUUUCUGCUCGGUUAGCUUAGUGGUCAGUUAAUGAAUGGACAGAGAUUUCCUUAGAUGCCUAGAACCAGUGAGUCUCCCAGCCUUUACCAAGGGUGCACAGAGCUUCAAGGUCAGCCAGAGGAGAGAUCUUAGGAUCUUUGCAGGUCUUUCCUGGGACUAUGCACAGCCCCUGAACCUAAGCACAGCCCUAUUCAUGUGUGUAAUUUUCAAGAUCCCCACGAAUAUGUCAGAGCUUUGUCAAGCCCCCAUGUGCACAACUGUUACCAACUGCCUUAGGCAGCCUCAGAGAUCAGUAGUUACCUCUAACUGUCGUUGGUAACCUCCUGGGGAGGGAGGGACCAGAGGCUGUUCCCUAGUCGAGCUUCAAGUUCAGGUCAAAUAAAGACAUCCUGCUGAGUGGGGUCUUCCAGGCCAGACCAGCCAUAUAGUAACAAUCCUCCAGGAAAGGCGCCUUGAAGGAGCUGCAACCCCAUUCUGCGCCCUCUGGUGGCAGCUAGGCUGCCAGUUCUCACCAGGAUUGCAGGCUCUUGGCUUUCCAGGCUACUGAGGGGAGCAGGGAUGGGAAUAGGGUAAAUGAAAAUUCCAUAGCACUUGCUGUUCCUAAUGAGAUUCGGCGGCUUUUCGUGAAUAAACGCUCCUCAGAUUGCCGCAGACUUUGGUUAAUUUCCAGAAUUCUAGAAAAAUUGAGGCUAACAGGUUUUUUGCCAGUGUUUUCAUUGAUUACAUGAGUAGAGAUUCUUUGGAGGUCCUUCCCAUACCAGUUUAGCUAUGUCACUCUACAAGUGCUUUUUUGCCAUGUUUUUAAAAGAUAACAAGUUGAAUUCAUGACUUCCAAGGACCCCUCCCAUUCUAGGGUGUUCAGUAUUAAUAGGUCUCAUUCCCCAACCAUCCUAGGUGAUAGAAUUUACUGUACCAUUUUAAAAAUAAAUGUGAUUGUUUAAGAUAAACUGAAAUAGACUUUAAACAGUGCCAAGAUAUGAAACAUAAUAAACUGUACUUAAUUAUCAACCUCUGCCUUAUUUUAUUCACAGAUUUGAAAAGGAAACAUUACUUUUCUGGCACAGUUUCUUAGCUUAAAAUGAAUUAGUCUAAAGAGGUAGGAGAUCUUAAGCCAAUAUAGAUACAAUUUAAGCCCCAGAGACUAUUGAAAGGGUAAAAAUCAAGUAAUUGACUGACAGCAUUUCACAGAGUCGAAUCAUCAGCGUAUACAUUUAUUGAAUGGUUUACUUUUUUGAAUAACUAAUACAUUGUUAUUAACUAUAGUCACCACUUUGUAUUGUAGACCUCUUGAACUUAUUCCUCCUAACUGAAAUUUUGUAUCCUUGAAUGGUUUACCUCUAAAUCUUUUUUUUUUUUUUU